GACAUAACGUUGUGUGAUAGGCAAUACAUGUACAUGUAUGAUCAUACAACCACCGAUUCAUGAUCAUUGCUUCAACAGUCCAUUGUUAUUAUACUGAAACAUGGCAGGUCAAUCAAUAAAAAUAUCUGAAAAUAUGCAUUCAUCUGUAAAUGCAAAAUGCCCGAUAGCUACAUGUAUCCAAGCACUCGCUCAAUAUUAUUUGGACUUUGGACAUGAUAAAUUUUUAAUCUUUUUAAUCUUUUCUGUGUUCAAACUUUGAGAAUGUUUGCUUUGCUAUUAAGUUUGGCAACAAUAGGGAUCGAGACUUUUGUGCAGGGUUAGCGACGGAGCAUGCGCGUUUGCAUGCAAUUUCUUCCGGUUUCACAGUUUUCCCGUACUACUAGACAUGUAUACAAGUCGAUCGUUCCAACACACUGUUUCUACUUACAACUAAUAAUUGUUCCUCAUCUUGUAAAAGCCAAUUACACACAAUUGCAGGGGUUUAUGGCAUCUGAGUCCAGAAUUUGACAAUUUCAAAGAGUGCUUUGCUGAGACAUACUGUGAAAACCUGUGAACGACAUACACAAUUCUGUAGGAACUGAUCUCGUUCAAGUGACACUUUUUCUUGUUCAAUCAACAUGGAUCUAAUGAGACAGAAUGUAAUUCUGGCUGUUCUGACUGGACUCGUAUUGUUCUCUGUCCUGUCUUGUGCAACGAGUAAUGAAAUCUCUUCUUGUGUGGACAGUAAUGAGGUGGAGUGUGUUGAUUUUGACAACACAGACAACUAUUGUAAGGUUGGAGAAAACAUUUCAGCACGGGUUGAUAUUAGACUACUUAAAGAGGAUCUUGAAUUGAUCCUCUAUGAACUGGAACGAGUAUCACUCGUCAGCAUCGAUAAAACCUUGACAUCUGGAAACACUGUCAAAGACAAGAACUUUGGAAGUCGUUUCCAAGUUGCCACCAACAUAAAACCAGCAGAAGAAUUUGGAAAACUUGAGAUCCAAAUGACCUUAGAGAAUUUUAAGCGGAGUGAUACAACGCUGAUGCAUGUGGACAUAAGACUCGAGAACAAGAUGAUUAGUACACAGGGAAAAGCAUUCUUCCCAGUACAGCCUGAACAAACAAUCCCAGAAGUAACAACUACAGCAGUAACUCCUAAUAAAAAAGAUGAUGUACAUGUAGCAGUAUUUCAAAUCCUACAGGACAUGAACAAUACAACGAAUGGGUUACUUGACAGAAUGGACAGGAUUGAGCAAACAGAUAGUGAAAGCGACUUACAUGUAUGGCACCUGCAUGAAAACCUUACAAAAGGAGAGCAAAGCAAACCUGAACAUGUAUAUGGCAUGUAUGUGUACAUAUGUAUAAUGACCACCUUAAUAGUGAUUUUAGAAAUCAUGUAUUUCGCCUGGAAACUGUAUGAGAGGAGGCGACCAAGGAAUUCUUCACACUCUGCAAGAGUGUCACGUAAUCUGGUAGACAGAAGUGUCAAUAUUUUGGUAUGGUUGGGCACUGAUGGAAAACGACCAAUACAAGAAGACCUUGACAAACGGAUCCAGAGGGAAUACAGCAUAAUCAAUAUACCACCAGAACAAACUGCCAUCAUUUCAGGCCAAGAUCCCAAAUCAUCAUGUCCUGUAGAAGGAGAGCCACUGAUAAAUAAUGACAAAUGUACAUGCAGAUUUGUGCCUGGCAGGUAUAUAAAUAUGUAAUGGCUACCAAGGAUCUAUCAUCUAGCAAAAACUAAACCUAACGAAAACACAUAAAUAAUAACUUUUUCCUAGAGGCAACUUUCUACUAAUUUACUACACCUGAGGCUUGUCAAUGAUAUACAUACUAAAUAUGAGAGAAAGUUGCCAAAAUGGAAAAUAUUUUCUUUUUUUUUCAUUUGUAAGGGAUAGGCCUAUGUACAUAUUGUACACAUUGUAAAUAACUUUAAAAGUCUAUUCAAAUACAUGUAUAUAAAGGUCUAUAGUAUAUUGAAAAUUUUAACAUGAAAACAAAUGUUGCAUUUUUACAUGAAAACAUUGAAAGUAUUGGACUAAGUGCCCUUAAUGACAAAUUGUGUAGGGGACCCAUGCAGGGACCCAUUGCAUAAAAUAUACCAUUAUGGUAGCUUUGGUAUGCAAUGGUUACUUUCAUGGAAUCCUUGAUUUUGAUUGGCUGAUGAGUAUUGUUACCGUGGUAGAAAUUACCAAUGGAUAGCAAAGUUACUUGUACUAUACUUUGGCCUGCAUUCUGAAGUUUUAAAGUUAAAGAUUUAAAGUUACGGUUCAACUAUGGAGAGCCAAUCGAAGCACAAAUCCCUAACAGUCCACAUUCAAUUAUUAACUCAUUUGACACCCAAAUUGCUCAUAAUUGUCUGGGAAUGAUAACUGAAGUAUUUUUCUUCAUUAUGAAAGCAAAAUGAAACCAAAUAGUAAACAUAAGAAAUAUACAAUAUUUUUUUUUUGUAUUUUGGCUUCCCAUAGUUUUAGCACUGAGUUAGACCAUGGUCUAAGUUAAUCCUGACUUCAAAAUACGGGCCUUUAUUUGCAAAUGGGCCCCAGGAGUCGGUUUUUGUUACUUUUAUAACCUCCAAGAAUGACCCAUAUAUAAACAUAAUCGAUUAAUAUUAAUAUUACAUGUAUCUUUUCAUUGCAAAUAAGUACUGUACCAUAUCAUUAUCAAUAUUGGUACAAAUGCUAGAAAUGUUUUCUUUCAUUCAUUUAUUUCUCGUCUUCUCUCUUGUCUUGCCAAGAUUGGUUAUUCGUUUGUCAUCAUUGUCAUUGUGAUUUGUCAUAAUUGUAGUUGAUUUCUUCUGAUUUAUCUACCUAGUAGUCCCAAGCAGGCCAACAAGCUGAUUCAACCUUUUCAACUGCCAAUACUGAAUUUACUUAGAAUGGUUACAACAAUUCACCUUUCAUUCGCUUGUUUUUAAAAUACAUCAUUAUAGUUUGGUUUAAUAUUGAAGUACCAUCUAAUUCCAUUCAGUGUACUAAAUUUAGGAGUGAAUAAUUUUUUUCUUUCCUGACAUACACAUUUUCUCAUAGCUGCCCAGAACUAAUAUCACCUUUGCACUUUUAUCAUUAUGUAAUACCAUUUGAAUUUUGAAUUUAGAUAUGGAAAAGUUUGUGUAAUUUCUUGAUUGUUUUGUAACAAUGCUUAUUGGUUGAUUUUAUGUGUAUUUUUAGUUACUGUUUUGUAAAAUUCAUUUAAGAUACUUACGAGCUGCAUGUUUUAUCAAGUCUUGAAUCUUGAAAGCAAUUCAUGAUUACAUUUUUUUAUGCAAAUGCAGAACUUCUAGAUCUAUGAUGCUUUUUGUUGGUAUUACAACUGUCCUUCAUUUUACAGUCAUGAAAUCAUUGUUUGCUGUUAAUGGUGGGGGAUACUAUUAUCACCUUUGCACUUCAAUCAUUGUAAUACCAUUUGAAUUUUGAAUUAAGAUAUGGAAUUGUUUGGGUAUUUCUUAAUUUUUUGUAAGGUCUUUUUCUGUUGAUUAUAUGUAGAAAACUGGAUUAGCACUCCUUGCAACCCCACCCCCCACAGUCUUUUAUUGGACAUGUGUAUUCACAAUUUUCUAUCUUAAUCUAAUUUGUUUUAUGUCCCUACUGUAUAUAUGUAUAUAUAUAACAUUUUAUUUAUUAUUUUCUUAUCUGCAUUUUUUUUUAAAGCAAACUAUUGAUAUUCUUCCUACUUGUGUCUUUUGCAUUUUUACUGUAAAAAAGGUGUUGUUGAGUUUAUUCUGAUUUGUUUUAACCUCAUUGGUAAUGUAUAUGAAUGAAUGUAUUACAGUCAUACUUCUCUUAUUAUCCGGCCUCCCCUUAUCCGGAUCUCUCUAUUAUCCGGACGCCUUUAAAUUGAACUGACACUGCAGUGAAUACUGUGUGUACGCCCACUAUAUUAGAUAAUGUGUAGCUACUACAUGUAUAGGGGAGGUAGCUGCAUGUGUUUGAUAUUGGGUCUCCCAGAUCCGGAUAAAUCUCUUAUCCGGAUUGGUGCUGGUCCCAACGUGUCCGAAUAAGAGAGGUCUGGCUGUAAUUUUGUUUGUGCCUUUCAGUGGAAAGAAAAAAUAAAACUUUUCUAACAGUG